UCUCUGCGGCGUCUUUAAAUUCUGCGACACCCCAUUCACUGCCCACCCUUUCUCCUUUCCACUUUAUUGCCAUUAAAUGCUCCCUCUCUUUCUGUCCUCAAAACCGCACAUAACUCUCGCUCCACAGCCCAUACAAUUCUAUGGCGUCGCCUCCGCCUAUGUUAUACGGCGUAAUCGGAGGACCUGGCUCCGCCGGAGAUAAAACAGCAACUGAACGGUCGCAUUCUCCGUCUUCUUCAGCUGAGAACGCGAAGCCGAGUAUAAUGAUAAUAAUAUUGAUCCUUUCGAUAACGCUGAUUGUUUCGGUUUCUCUUUGUCUUCUUCUGCGGCAUCUGAACCGGCGUUGUUUGCGAUACCUCUCUCGUUCCUCGACUUCUACUAUUAUCGCCUCCGCUUCCAGUCACCGUGUCAGUCCGGAGAAAUCGCCGACGGGUUUGUUGCUCGAUUCUCUUCCUCUUUUCACUUUCUCCUCCAUUACUCUCCGCUCCAGCGGUGAUUCGACUGGUGAUUGCGCUGUUUGUUUGUCGAAGUUUGAACCGGAGGAUCAACUCAGGCUGCUCCCUCUCUGUUGUCACGCGUUUCACGCUCACUGCAUCGAUACGUGGCUUGCAUCAAACCAGACUUGUCCUCUAUGCCGUUCUCCGCUCUUCACUUCUGAAUCGGAUCUCAUCAAGUCAUUGCUUCAGUCCUCUAAUGAGGCUGCGCCGAUCGGAAAUGGAGGCAGCGAUAGUUUCCGGCUUGAGAUCGGCUCGGUAAGUCUCCGACGACAGCCAGGCACGGAAUCAGGCGAGCAAAGAAGGUCAUACUCCAUCGGCUCUUUUGAUUACAUUGUAGAGGAAGAAUCAGAGGUGACUAGGAAUCAAACUCAUCAAAGAAACGUGUCCGAUAAGGAAGAGUUCGCCGGAGUUGAUGCAGCUUCGGAAGCGAGCCUCGCCGCGGAGGUAGCCACCAGAAGGAGUUGGCUCAAGGAAUACGUAGAUAGGCUCUCUUCUUCAUUAUCGUCUCGAGCCUUAUCAUUUCGUAGCUCAGGCAGGUUCUUGACCGGAAGCAGUCAUCGAAGCGAUAUCGCCGGCUCCAUCGGCGGUGAUUAUGACGUGGAAGCCAAUAACAUCGGCGAGGAAAUCAGCGAAAUGUUUCGUUGGUUCUCAGGGGUAUAAUAGUCAAAUUAGAAUUCGAACUCUGAAAGUAGGGACAUGUCCGCCGUUUCCUACUUUUCGUUUCGGUUAGUUUGUUCUAUCUUUUGCUCAUUCCACUCUCUCCCGGAUCGGAAUAUCGUAAUCCGUACGUCAACGAGUGCGCAAAAAGGUUAAGAAAUGGAGUGGACAUAGCAACAUUUUUGAGUGCAGGUGAUUUAUUUUUUACUGAUUUACCCGCUGUAGAUAAAGUCACGUAGACUCCGGGGAAGAGACAACAUUUACACUCCCUGGUAAUUUUUUUAAUUAAAAUUGGUUUAAUG